CAGUACCUACUUCAUUGGUACUUCAGGCACUUCAGCUGUAAAAAAAUAGGAAAAUGAAAUAAUAUCCAACUGAAAAGUAAUUUUGGUGUACAUCUGUAACUUAUAAAUAAAACGGCAUGUUCCGCACACGUACUAUAUCUCGUGCUUUAUGGCAUCACCAAGCUCAAAUUAGAACAUAUUAUGCAAGACCAUGCGCUAGCAUCUUGCAUAUUAGCAAACCAAACUUCUUGUAUUCGAGAAGUUUAAAUACUGUAACUGUGGAAGAUAGCUAUGUGAAAAAAUUCAUGAAUGCAGUCGGAUGGAUGGACCAGUCUAGGACUCGUUUAAAAUUAACCGGAUAUUUCUUAUAUGAAUGUAUACCGGAAAAUGUAUCUUACGCUGAAUGGUUUGAGAGCCUAGAACUGCCUGAUACUUUUGCUUCAUGGUUUGUCAUUACCGAGUUGCAUGUUUGGAUGCUUAUGGUGCGUUACAUGGCUGAAGAUAUUCUAUUACCUGUCAAUGAAAAGAAAAAAUAUAUAAAAGGAGAUGGACAUUUUGUGAGGAAUUGUAUUAUUGAGGCUCUGUGGGCCGAUGUUGCCAACAAAAUAAAACUGUUAGAGGGUGCCAAUCCAGCAAUAGCAAGAAAGCAAGUAUCAGAAUUGUCAGAACAGUUUCAAGCUUCCUUGGUAGCUUAUGAUGAAGGACUUAGUGAUGAUAAAAUACUGGCUGCAGCCAUUUGGAGGAGAUUCUACUCAUUAGCACACGAUGUCAAGGCAGAACAUAUUGAGAGGCUUGUUAAGUUUAUUAGGCACCAGAUCGCAGAAUUAGACAAGAUACCAAGUGAUGAUUUAAGGUCAAAACCGAAGAUCACCUGGCUAAGUAUAUUAAACCACUGAUGUUAUUUAUUACGUAGAUUUAUAGAAAAUUUUAGUUAUAUUAUAUAAUGAAAUAAAUCACUUGUUGUUUGCACUUUAACUAUUUUAUUAAAAGAAAAUACAAGUACAUGACUCGGACAUAUUGUGAAUAAAUUUUAUUUGGGUAACAUUAAAUGAAAAAGAGAAUGUAUAAAAAAACUUUAUUGUAAUAUAGUUCCAAAAUUAGGGGUCAGUUAUUAACAUUUAUUUCAGUCACAUUUUUAUAUUCUUAUACUGUUUGAAUACAUAUCGAAAAAAAUAUUUAUUUUGUGGACACCUGUACAUAACGACUAAGUAGGGUUUCGGAUAAUAGCAUCACAUUUAGAUUAGUGAUUUAAAUGAAUUAGAAACCUCGACAUACGACAGUAUCGCCUCGAAUUAUCGAGAAAAUUCUUAAAAAAAAAA